ACCUCUCUUCUACUUCUCUUUUGUUAACGGCAUUUUGUUGUCAGUUUGGGUAGCCGACCGAGGAUUAAUCACCAUGCCUCGCGUCUAUGUUGGAAAAUUGAGUUAUCAUGCUCGAGAAAAAGAUAUUCAGAGGUUUUUCAGUGGCUACGGAAAGCUUAUGGAAAUUGAUCUGAAAAAUGGUUAUGGCUUUGUAGAAUUUGAAGACAACCGCGAUGCGGACGACGCAGUGUAUGAACUGAAUGGCAAGGAGUUAUGCGGUGAGCGCGUGACGGUGGAACAUGCCCGAGGACCGCGGCGCGACCGCGAUGGAUAUGGUGGUGGUCGCAGUAGUAGUGGUUACAGCAGCAGCCGAAGCCGCACUGGAAGGGAUAAGUACGGGCCUCCCGUCCGUACGGAGUACCGUUUGAUUGUUGAGAAUCUGUCCAGCCGAUGCAGUUGGCAGGAUCUGAAGGAUUUCAUGCGCCAGGCUGGAGAGGUCACGUACGCUGAUGCCCACAAGGAGCGAGCCAACGAAGGAGUCAUUGAGUUUGGCUCACGCUCAGACAUGAGAAGGGCCCUGGAUAAGCUGGAUGGGACAGACAUCAAUGGGAGAAAGAUCCGCUUGGUGGAGGAGAAGUCUCGCCGCCGUCGCUCUGGCUCUCGCAGUCGCUCCGGUUCUCGCAGCAGACGACGCUCUCGUAGCCGUAGGAGCAGCCGCUCCAGGAGUAACUCUCGGUCCCGAUCCCGAUCCCAUUCUCGCAGCAAGAGGCGCCGCUCCAGGUCUGGACGGAAAUCUCGCUCUCGCACCCGCAAGUCUCGUUCCCGCUCUCGCUCCCGCAAAUCCAGAUCUCGUUCUGACAAAAGCAAGUCCCGUUCCAAGAGUCGUUCCAAAGUGAAAUCCGAGCGGGACUCCCGCAGCCGUUCUAAGGAGAAGUCUGCCAGCAAGAAGUCCCGUAGCCGCUCCGCAUCCCCAAUGGGGAAUGGAAAGGAGGACCGCGCCUCUCGCUCCCCAUCCCCAGCAGCUGACCGCCGCUCCAAAUCUCCAGACAAGCGCUCAGUCUCCCGCUCCAGGUCUAGAUCUGCCUCCCGAGAUUAAGGGCAUUUCCUAGUUCUUGCUUCAUUCGUGUUUUAUGGAUUAGAACAAUCUAGUGAUAAAAGAGAAAUUCCAACUUGAUUUGACAUAUUGCAUCACCAGGUGCAUCAUGGCUUGCUCUGUUUUAAUCAGCGCUAGCUGUCCUUGCCAUUAAAAUCUAACUACAAUCUUGCAAUGCAUUACAUGGCAUGAGGGAUUUAGUCUUAUUUUUUGUCAGGCUGCACAUCGUAGAUUACAGCUCUCAGUAUUUUGUAUAUAGAGGAGCUUGUCUGAAGGGCUCUGUAUUUAAAACAAACCAGGCCUUUCUUUUAUACUCUAAGUUUGUGUUAGUCUUCCGGUCUGCUUUUAUUUACCUCUGGUGGUGUUUUGAAAUUUUUUCAUUUUCAUGAUUUGAGUCAUUUCACCUUUUGAGCCAGAGGUUAUUUGAUACGCCCUAAUGUAAAUGCUUGUGUGUCUUGUAGACAAGCUUUUUUUUUUUUUUUUUUUUGGCAGUAAAUAAAAGGAUUUAAACGGGGAUGGUGAAAAUUGCUCCUUUUCACAUGAAAGUCGAUCUAAUAUGUAUCCAUGUCGAUUUUUUUAUUGUACAUUAAAAGUUCUUAUGAAAA